AGAGGGUUGCCGCAGCCUGGAGGGGGAACGAGGGAUUUGAUCAGCACCGUUAUUUUUUUCUUUUGUGUUUUCUUUUUUUUUUUUUUUCUGGGGGAAGGAUUGUGAGCGUUUGUGUGCAAAGAUGAUGGUCGGGGAGAUGGAGGUGAAGGAGAGACCGAGGCCGAGUCCCGACUAUCUCAUGCAGUUAUUAAACGAGAAGAAGCUCAUGACGAGUUUACCGAACCUGUGCGGCAUCUUCACACACCUGGAGAGACUCUUGGACGAAGAGAUAACCAGAGUGAGGAAAGACAUGUAUAACGACACAGUGAACGGUCUGGUGGACAAGCACCCACUGGAGUUACCCGAGCCAGUGGGACCCAUCGUACAUCUGCAGGAGAAACUCUUUGUACCGGUCAAAGAGUACCCGGAUUAUAAUUUUGUCGGGAGAAUACUUGGCCCUCGUGGACUCACGGCAAAGCAACUGGAGGCAGAGACUGGCUGCAAGAUCAUGGUGAGAGGGAGGAGCUCCAUGAGAGACAGAAAGAAGGAGGAGCAGAACAGAGGGAAGCCGAACUGGGAGCACCUAAAUGAAGAGCUGCAUGUGCUGAUCACAGUGGAGGACACGCAGACUCGUGCCGAGAUCAAGAUGAGAAGAGCGGUCGAAGAGGUCAAGAAGCUACUGGUGCCUGCAGCGGAAGGAGAAGAUAAUCUAAAGAAGAUGCAGCUGAUGGAGCUGGCCAUUCUGAACGGAACGUACAGAGACACCAACAUAAAAACGCCCACCCUUGCGUUCUCUCUUGCAGCAGCGGCAGCGGCUGCUCAAGGCCAGCGUUUGAUCGCAUCCCCUGCGGGUCAGGUCCUCUCCCAGUCUGGCCUCAGGCCCCCCACUCCGGCAGGGACCCCCAUUAUGAACCUCAUGCGGCCCACUCAGAUGGCCACCGUGCUACCCAACGGCACCCCUACAUUGGUGCCCCCGACGCCUGACGGGGGCAUUAUCUACACCACGCCCUAUGAUUACCCUUAUGCCUUGGCACCCACGUCUCUGCUGGAAUAUCCCAUCGAGCACAGCGGAGUCCUAGGUAAGCGGGCGUGGGGGCUUGGCACUUCACCCUUUGGUGCCCCGCAAGAGGGCUUUGCUGGGGUGUUUUACGGGGGCAUGUUCGAUGGGGCGUCUCCCGGCCCCGUUCAGGACUCACUCAAAGGUGCAAUGGCUACUAAAGUGCGGAGACAUGAUUCACGGGUCCAUCCUUACCAAAGGAUAGUGACCGCAGACAGAGCCGCCACCGGCAACUAACAAAUGACCUCUGAACUCUGAACUCUUCACCCAAUGAUGAGCCGCCCAAGCCUGCCUGCUGAUCAGAUUAACUGGUAAUUGCCUUUUGCUAGCCUGGUGGACACAGAGAGAGAGGCACCUGUCCGAGCAGUGAUCCUAACACAAACCAACAUAAAACACAACAACCCUCCAUACCAACACGUUGUGUAGCGAUAACAACUAUGAUACUUUAUUUUGUUUUUAUCAUUUCUUUCUUUUUCUUUUUAAACCUCAAAUGACUGGGUGGAUGUUAACAGUGAUGUUGCGUUACCCAAAAAUCUGCACUGAAGUUUAAAAGCAAUAAAGAAGCGCCUUCUGCUAAUUCAGCCCUUAAAUGCAUUUACACUCACAUAGC